UGUCUGGUGAUGUCAGCACUGAUCUACUUGGUAAGCAUCUCCUGGCGGAGCGUCUAGUCAGCGGGGCUGAAGGAGAAAGAGAGAGGCACAGAGGGGUCGCUGCGAAACUGCCACCGCACACAGUUCCACAAACCAUGCUUGCAACUCUGUGCGUGCACCGGAGACCCAGAACAGCUCGUCCCAUUCUCCGCGCGUUUGGGUAUUAACCCGGGAUAAUCAACCUUUACCAAAAUAAGAAGAAGAAGAACUGAAAUCCCUUUUCUACAGUCUGUGAUGGAAACGCUGUGUACAUCCGGGCCACCGCACCGCCGUGACUCCAUUACAGUGCUUACGGACUGAACUGGAGAGAAAGAGGAUAGUUUCUAUGUAGGUAUAUAUUUUGUUUGUAAAUAAUUAAAACAAAUCAGAACACACGCUGGACUGCCACGGGACAUGUCUAACCAAGGAGCGCGGAGGAAUGGACCUGUGAAGCUGCGUUUAACGGUUUUAUGUGCAAAAAACUUGGUAAAGAAAGACUUCUUUCGGCUUCCUGACCCUUUUGCUAAGGUGGUGGUGGACGGCUCUGGACAAUGCCAUUCUACAGAUACUGUGAAGAAUACCCUUGACCCCAAGUGGAACCAGCACUACGACCUGUAUAUUGGGAAGUCUGACUCUAUAACAAUAAGUGUGUGGAAUCACAAGAAGAUCCACAAGAAGCAAGGCGCCGGGUUCCUGGGCUGCAUCCGGCUCCUGUCCAAUGCAAUCAACCGCCUGAAAGACACUGGCUAUCAGAGACUAGACCUCAACAAGCUUGGGCUCAACGACAAUGACACAGUGAGAGGGCAAAUAGUAGUAAGUCUCCAAUCAAGAGAUCGGAUAGGCACGGGAGGACCGGUGGUGGACUGCAGCCGCUUGUUUGAUAAUGAUUUACCGGACGGCUGGGAGGAGCGCAGGACCGCGUCCGGACGAAUCCAGUAUCUCAACCACAUCACCCGGACCACGCAGUGGGAGAGGCCUACGCGGCCCGCCUCGGAGUACUCGAGUCCUGGGCGUCCCCUGAGCUGCCUGGUGGAUGAGAACACGCCCAUCAUGGGGAUGAACGGGGCGUCGUGCGGACAGGCCACUGACCCGCGGGCCCAGGAGAGGAGGGUACGCUCGCAGCGGCACAGGAACUACAUGAGCAGAACCCACCUGCACACCCCGCCCGACCUGCCCGAGGGAUACGAACAAAGAACGACGCAGCAGGGGCAAGUUUACUUCCUCCACACGCAGACGGGAGUCAGCACGUGGCACGACCCCCGGGUACCCAGGGAUCUUAGCAACGUGAACUGCGAGGAGCUUGGACCGCUGCCCCCUGGGUGGGAGAUCCGUAACACGGCCACAGGACGAGUCUACUUCGUGGACCACAACAACCGGACCACCCAGUUCACAGAUCCCCGCCUCUCCGCCAACCUGCACCUCGUGCUCAACAGUGCUAAGACUAAGGGGUCCCGUGGAGGCAUGGAGAGCAAAAACAAUAACAUAAGCAGGCAAAACCAGGUGAAGGAGCAGCAGCAGCAGCAGCCACCGCUGCCCGUGAUGUCCCCCAGCCAGCUCCCCGAGGAGGCGGAGUGCCUCACCGUGCCCAAGUACAAGCGUGACCUAGUGCACAAACUGAAGAUCCUGCGACAGGAGCUCUCCCAGCAGCAGCCCCAGGCAGGGCACUGCCGCAUUGAGGUCUCCCGGGAAGAGAUCUUCGAGGAGUCGUACAGGCAGGUGAUGAAGAUGAGGCCGAAGGACCUGUGGAAGAGACUGAUGGUGAAGUUCAGAGGAGAGGAAGGCCUGGAUUAUGGAGGGGUGGCCAGGGAGUGGCUGUACCUGCUGUCUCACGAGAUGCUGAAUCCGUACUACGGCCUGUUCCAGUACUCACGGGACGACAUCUACACCCUGCAGAUCAACCCAGACUCUGCUGUCAACCCGGAGCACCUGUCCUACUUCCACUUCGUGGGGCGCAUCAUGGGCAUGGCGGUGUUUCACGGGCACUACAUCGACGGGGGCUUCACCUUGCCCUUCUACAAGCAGCUGCUGGGCAAACCCAUCACGCUGGACGACAUGGAGUCUGUGGACCCGGACCUGCACAACAGCCUGGUCUGGAUCCUUGCUAACGACAUCACAGGAGUGCUGGACCACACCUUCUGCGUGGAGCACAACGCAUACGGCGAGAUCAUUCAGCACGAACUGAAACCCAACGGCGGCAGCAUCCCGGUGAGCGAGGACAGCAAGAAGGAGUACGUCAGGUUGUAUGUAAACUGGCGGUUUCUGCGGGGAAUAGAAGCUCAGUUCCUAGCUCUGCAGAAAGGGUUCAAUGAGGUGAUCCCGCAGCAUCUGCUCAAGUCAUUUGACGAGAAGGAGCUGGAGCUCAUAAUCUGCGGUCUUGGUAAGAUUGACAUCAACGACUGGAAGUGGAACACGCGGUUGAAGCACUGCACGCUGGACAGCAACAUAGUCAAGUGGUUCUGGAAAGCAGUGGAGACGUACGACGAAGAGCGCAGAGCCAGGCUGCUGCAGUUCGUCACGGGCUCGUCCAGGGUGCCUCUGCAGGGCUUCAAAGCACUACAAGGUGCCACCGGACCUCGUCUCUUCACAAUCCACCAGAUCGACGCCAGCACUAACAACCUGCCCAAAGCACACACCUGCUUUAACCGAAUCGACGUUCCUCCCUACGAGAGUUAUGAGAAGCUGUACGAGAAGCUCCUGACUGCGAUUGAAGAAACGUGCGGGUUCUUUGUAGAGUGAGGGGUUUGGAGGGGACCCUACUCUACACACCUGUCAGUCUGUGAGCCGCUCCUGGGCCAGGGGGUCUGGAGGCUGGGGGGGCUCGCACCACUCUGAGGGAGAGGGACCGUGUGAGCCAGGGAACUGGGACCCAGGAAUACUGCCUUCCUCCUUUCAAUUAUUAUUAAAAUUAUUAUUGAAUUUUUUUUUUUUUUUUUUAAAUAAAUAAUAAACUGUUGCCUGGCCUUGGCCACCAGACUCAUUUUCAGCUGCUAAAAAAUAAAAUGCCUUUUAAUAAUAUCUGCAGCAUACGGAAUGCUGACUCAUGUGUUCUAUACAUAGUGUUUCCUCUUUGUUUUCUGACAAGACUACUUACAUCUGUUCAUUUUAGUGAGGUUUUCUUUUUUGUCGCUUUUGCCCUGCUCCUCACCGCCCCACCAGUGUCGCGAUUGCGUGGCGAUUAAGAAGGACCUGGAAUCGUUCCCCUCCCGGAGCUCCUCCACCCAGCCUGGGGUCCUGCUGUGCUCCGACACACACCGCGUGCUCACUGGACAAAGUCAAAGGACUCGGUUUCUGUCAAAAGGAUUUUUUCAGUUUUUUGGGGUUUUGAGUUGUUUUUUUUUUAUAAUUGUAUCAGACAUAGGAUAAGAACCUUUUUAUCAACGCAUUUGUAAAAAAAAAAAAAAAAAAAAGCUAGAGAAUGCUUCAUUCUCUUUUUUUCUUUAAACCCCACCUCCAACUUGUUCUAACAGCUACAAACCCUGUGUGUUCUGAUUGAACAAAAUAAUGACAUGGAGGGAGGGAGAGGACAGAAUAUUUACAAAUCCACACCAGCUCUAAGGCUUUAGAGCCUGAAUCAUACUGAUAAAGAAGCGUGAAUGCAGUCUGUUGUGAUUCUGUGUUCAAGUGGGCGGAGGCGAGGUUAGUCACAACAGACUCUUGCAUGCUUUAAAACUCCUGGUAGCUGGGUUGAAACAACUUACCUGUACCCUUUAAAGAGAAUCCAUUCACACCAUCGUAUACCCUGUACUGCAUGAAACCAAUACCCUAACCUGUUUAGUUAUACAGUAUAUAAAUAAAUAUAAUCUUUUAUUUUUAUAUAUGGUUCAUCUUUCUGCCCUUUGCAGUUACACAGGGGGAGAUUAUAAAGUGCCAUGGCUACAUUGUGCAGAACAUUCUGGGUCUAAUGCUGCACUAUUUUGAUAUGGUCUGGACCCUGGAGAUGAAGCAGGAAAUGCAGUGACACAGCUGCACAGCGCCCUCUAUGGCCAGGGCUGAUAGUGCUGCAGUUAUUCAUAGUGGUGUGGCUCUCUCUGCCUGGGAUUUCUGCAGCAGACGGUUGUUUUUUAUAGUCACUCCGAACCUCUCCAGCCCUCGACUCCUUCUACUUGCUCAGGUGAAAUCAUGGCAGUCUUUUUUUUUUUUUUUUUUUUUUGGGGUGGGGGUGGGGGGGGGGGGGGGGGGGGUGCACUGCUCUUUCAGCACCUCUAUAGAUCCAGGGUCACGUUUGUCUUCGAACGUGACUCUUACCCCAGACAAACAGAACCAGAUUUGAGUUGUAAGGGGGUUCUGCAGUGAGGUCUGUAUGGAGGGAGGCAGGGGCUGCAUCCUCUUCUCCCAGUUUGCUUUGGCAACAGCUGUAAGGACACUCCUCCUUCAUGGGUUUGUGGGAAUAUUUGUUUUCUGUUGUUCUCACUGUAGACCGUCUCAUCUCUGCCAGUUUCUGUUUUGUUGAAAAGCAUUCUCGUGGUGUUUUUCCCCUUGUUUUGCUGCCUGUCUCUAACAGGCUAUGAUGGCCAUGGACUGUGUUAUAACACUUUGUUGUUUUGGGAUUUUUUUAAUGGUGUGCUUGCCUGGCUAAUUGAAUAGCCUCUGGUAAAGAGGUUUUGUUUUGUGUUUUUUUGUGGUGCUUUGUACAGAUUGCAGAUACAUGAUUCAUUUAUUUUUUUGUUUCUUCAAAACAAACAUUUUGCACGUUUACACACUUCAGUUGCUUAAAAAAAAAAAGGCAAAUGCAGUCGAAUAACCAAAUCAUUCUGUAUUGAUUCCCAUUGAAAUUGUCAUUCUCUUCCAUGUCCAGUGCACACACUAACUGAUGCUGCAUUAGCAUGGGUUUGUCCCAAGAAGAAAUCCAUCUAGCAGGAAGAGCGCGGCCCUUGCGGCUGCUGGUUUCAUCACUGCGUUUGCUUCUAACACUUGAACUGCACCCUGCAUUAACGGGCAGGUGGAACUGCUUGUCUGGAACACACUCAAUAUUUACUUCCUCACAGAAUAUUGACUUUUUCUUCUGUUUUUAGGUGUGAUUUAGAGUUGGGUUUAAGCAUCGUCUGUUUUUGGUUUUCCUGAAUUCCCAUGUCUUUUGGUUUUAUCCUGUCAUUCUUUUUGUAUUUAUUACAUCGUGUCUACAGCAUUGCCCCCCCCCCCCGCUGUAAGAACACACCUGAAAUGAAAUGGAUGCUAAAACGUGUUUCUUAUUAACUUGUAUGUACCCUGCAUAAGCUGAGCAAUAAUAAACAACAUGCUGUUUGCACCCUCACAGCAUCAAUAUGUUUAAUAGAAAA